AUGCGGCACAAGGGCUUCCUUUCUAGCGCAGCCGAUGCGUGCUCUUCCCGCGCUGGUCCGUCGCAUCUAGCUCGUCACAAUGCGACUGGGCCCUCGCGGCGAGCCUUGCCUCCGCCCACACCAUCGAGCUCGCCAUUACCAUCACCGCCUCCACCACCAAUAUCUUUGCUGUCGUCGACAUCUCCCCUACCACAGUCAUCAUCAUCAUCAUCAUCAGCAGCAGCAGCAGCAUCCUCCUCCUCCUCCUCCUCCUCAACUUCCUCAGCCAGCGCUCCAUUCACAUCGAGCAGUCUUCAUUCGCGCUAUGCAUUCGAGCGUCGCGCUCGUCUAGCAAAACCUCUCUCGCCACGCCUUGUUACGAAUCACCUAUCCUUCCUCUAUCCGCCAUCAUGCUUCGCGCCGACCUCGGCUACGAUUGCUAGGCCAAAAUCGUCUCUAGCUCCGACCAGCGCCGUAGCUUCUCCCGCAGCUGCCGCACAGCAACUUGCUCUGUCGUCGCAGGAUGAGCAUCAGCAUCAGCAUCACCACGACCAUCAGAUUUCCGCUCAGCUCGAGCCAGAAUUCACCUUCUUGCGCCAUCGUUACGAUCCACCGCAUCAUCUCAUUGAUCAUUCGCCUUCCCGCGCCCUCCUUCAGCAAGAUGCGAACAGCCACCUGGACGACCGGGAAGCGGUGCUACAACAACCACUACCCCAAAGCCUCUCGACUCUCCCACAGUCUUCGAGUCGUUACCAAGCAUCGGCUUCCCAACUUGUCUCGCUAAGUCGCCAGAGCGAGCGGCUUCGUUCAUCGCUGCAGGACGGCCGAGCCACUCAUUCGGAUGCCAUUGUGAAACAGUGUCGUCGUCUUGUAUUGCAGGCGUGCCGUAUCACCUCGCGUUUGCACGCAAAGACAGCUCGCGCGAUUAUGUACGAGACCGCUUCCGACUGCGCUUUUCAUCUCGCAGCUACCGCCCAGCCCGUCGCAGCCGCCAUCAUUCUCCGUCACCUCUUGGUCAAGCUCGGAUGGGAUCCCCGAUCCAAUGACCAGCUUCAGUCGCUUCCGACACUCGAGAAUGACACGCUCCCAGCUCUCCAGACAGGCUCAUCGACAUUGGUGACUGAUCCAUCGGUGACACCGACCAACAGACUAAUGCUGGCGACGCAACAGGUUCUCUCCCAGUUGACGCUUGCGCCUUCGCCAUUCAGUCCUCGACCCAUUCGCAAAUUCGACUCGCAGCAGCACCUCGACACUGCCGCCUCGCUCGUGUCCGCCAUGCACUUGAGUCAGAUGCCCAGGAACACAGCUUCGCAGACGGCUCUCAUACGUGCCAUGAUCGCCUCAAGCCAGACGCGACUAGCUGUGCAGAUGUACGCCUCCGAGGUUCGGGCCUGGUGGGCCGCCCACAAACAAGCAAGGCGUCCAAGGCCGCUUCUGCGACGCAAAGCUGCCUUCGUCGUCGAUUUGGGCAAGCCCAGCUCACAGGCUCUUCGCGAGAUCACACGCGCCAUGCAGCAACUCGAAGCAUUCGUCACACGCAUCCAACCCGAUCUCUUGUCUCAGCUCUCGUCCCGCGAGCAAGAGGCACUUCGCGACAAGCGCGCCGAAUACUCCGAUUCGCUCGUGGAGCUCGUGCGUCUGGUGCGCGGCGGACGACUGCCUUUGCCGCCCACGCCAAGCGCACCAGAGAUUGCUUGGGUCAUUUCUGCAUCUUGCCGGUUCGAGGCCACGCUGAUGCUGGACCGUAUCCCGGUCAAGAGCGCCGAGUCGAUGCCAUCAUCCGUGGACGCUGCGGAGAAUCGUCGACUUCAAGGCGCGGCUCAGAUGAUCCGCUACUUCCUCUGCGAAUACAUGCGGUCCCUGCCCGAUGGACAGACACGCUCUGCAGCAAAUGUGCUCAUCCGCGGCGAUCCCGUGGUGCGUCCAGCUGUCGGAAUCGCCGUUUACAAUCGGCUCAUCCACUACGCCUUGUCGACACUCAGGUCGCCGUCCAUGUGCAAGGAAGUCUUUCAGCACAUGACUCAGCUUCGCCAACCACCGCUCGAACCCGACGCCGUCACUUUCAACACAAUCCUGCGUCAGGCCACCACCCAACGCUAUGCAUCACUGGCAAAAGCUGUGCUGACCACAAAUCAUCCAGAGCAGCACUCUCACAUUCGUCCCUCCAAUCAGCAGCAGAGCGUCGUCAUCGAACAAAGUUCGUCAAUGGCAGAAGUGUCGACCUCGACUUUGGAAGCAGCAGCAUGCCGACCCGACGACGUUUCGGCAUCAGACCUUGAGCUGCGUCCUAUCAAGCCGAUGAUCCAGCAAAUCGACACCGCCAUCGCGCAUGCCGACUCUUAUCGCCUUGUUGCGCUCCUUCAGUACGUGGCUGCUUCUGGUCUGUUCCUGCGUCGUUAUCGUCAUGAACCCGGUCACGCGGGCGUCAAGGAGCUGGUCAUGCGCAUCUACCCCGCUCUCAACAAGCAUCGCUCCGCCAGUGCUCGCUUCGUCGACUCUGCGGAUUCCGCGCAACAACACAGCAGCCUCGCCCUCCGGCCAAAGGCAAAUCAGGUUUCCAGACACGCCAUCCUGAAUCCACACGUCCUCACCGCGACGCUCAAUCUUGCUGCUAAAGCCGGCAAGACAGGUCUUGCGCUGCGCAUCUGGCGUCUCAUCAAGCGCACCAGCCUCCAGAGCACCUUACAGUCGCCCAACAUUGAUGUCGCGCCCGCACCGUGGCAGAUACCUGUAGAGGCUGCCACCAUUCUCAUGACGGUUUUGGCGGCAGAAGCUGCCAGGGCACCCCACUUGCGACAUCCUGCGCGAUUGCCGCGCCAGCGUCCGUUCGUUCGAGCAUCCCGCAAUUUGCCUCAGCGGAUGACGAGGCUCACCGUGCGCCGACAGUAUGCCAGAGGGUGGAACAUUGUCGCAUCUUUGCGUGGUCGCUCUUGUGUCGGGCAGCUAGGGUCGAGCGGACGCAUGCGCGUCGGCGCUGGCGAAUUCGGGGAGGGUCUGCGAUGGAGAGCCGCGCAACUCUUGGCGAAGCGCGAGUACGCGUUCCUGGUGCAUCACUGGCAGCUCUCGCAGAGGCUCUCGUCUUCGCACCGCCAACGUAUGGAGGAGCUGGUGCAGAUGGGUCGGAUCGGAUUGCCGGCAGAAGCUUCCCCAGAACGAUACAACACGACAGGAGACGCUGAAGACAGGUCGGGACAAGGUGUACAGCCAGACUCGCGGUUCUUUGAUGCGGUUCUGGAUGUGUUUGGUCGCAGACCGGGGAUGAUGCAGCGCAGCAGAAAGCACCACUCUCGUGCAGCGAUGCUCUCACAGCUCCGUCGUGGGUACAAGGAGGCGACGGAGAAAGUCGGUUCGCCUUCCAACAGCGGCAGAAUGCAGCAGCAAGGAUCACACGAUGUCGGCAACGCAAUCAAGGAGAGGCGGGCGCUUCUCGCUGGAGCCGUCUUGCCUAUCGAAGACCCGAGCACACUCUCAAGCACGCAAUUGCUUAACGCAAUCGCCGCACGCAUAAGGUGCAACUCGCGCGGUCGCUGGACGUCGCUCUCUCCCGAUCCGUUCCUCCUCCGCAUCUUGAUCGACAUGCAGAUCUUGGGGAUCGAGAUUCCCGUGGCGUAUCGAUGGAUUCUGGCCCACGCUUCGAUAGUGUCAGCAGCGGAUGCUGGGUCAGACGACAUCGGCUCGGGUUUGCUGAAGAAUGAGGUCGCGGGUGGAAGCAGGAAGGAGCUAGGUGCGUUUUCGCCGUUCAGAGGACCGAGGGUGAAGACGGUUGGACUUGUCGCCAGGCGUAGGAAUUCGAAGGUGGUGGGGGAGAAGGCGGAGAAGGUGGAGGAGAAGCGGACGAAGUAA